CCUCACUCCUCCUCCUCCUCACAGGGGAAUCCCGGGACCUGAGCACGGCCCCCUCCCCUACUCCAGCUGCAGCAUGGUCCCGGCCGGCAGAGGAUGAGGGGCUGCUCUAUGAGUGCGUCCUGAGCCUGUCUAAGUUACAGUCAACAUGAUUCCUGUGGCCGAGUUCAAGCAGUUCACGGAGCAGCAGCCGGCCUUCAAAGUGCUGAAGCCCUGGUGGGAUGUCCUGACCGAGUAUAUCACUGUUGCCAUGCUUAUGAUUGGGGUCUUUGGAUGCACCCUGCAGAUAACUCAGGAUAAGAUCAUCUGUCUGCCAAACCAUACCUCUGCUGACUAUGUUUCUCAAAUCACCUGCAAAGAGUACACUGAAAAUCCGCAAGCCACAAAUGCUAGUGAGGAAGACCAGCCCAUUACCACGGCUCCUCCGACUUCUACUCGUGAGAUGACCGGACUACGUAAUAACUUGGACCUUCAGCAGUACAGCUUCAUAAACCAAAUGUGCUACGAAACUGCAUUACACUGGUAUGCCAAGUACUUCCCAUACCUUGUGGUCAUUCACACGCUCAUCUUCAUCAUUUGUGGAAAUUUCUGGUUCAAGUUCCCUGGUACGAGCUCCAAAAUUGAACACUUCAUCUCCAUCUUGGGCAAGUGUUUUGAUUCUCCUUGGACAACUCGAGCUCUCUCUGAGGUUUCAGGAGAGACAACACAGGAGAAAACUGCGGAGAGAGAGAUGUCAAAAACCAACUUUGAUGAAACGAGCCCGGUCACAGGUGAUCUUCCAGUUCCGGAGAAAAUUGUAGCAGAGACUCCUUCAGCUAGUGUCUUGGACAAAAAAGAAGGAGAACAAGCCAAGGCUUUAUUUGAGAAGGUAAAGAAAUUCCGGCAUCAUGUGGAGGAAGGUGAUAUUCUCUAUUCCAUGUACAUGCGUCAGACAAUACUGAAAGUCUGCAAAUUUGUUCUAAUAACCGUAUACAAUGCUGCCUUAGUGGGGAAAAUACACUUUAUUGUCCCAUGUAGGGUGCAUACAGAGGACAUGACUGGAUACAACAGUUUUUGUUGCAACCACACUAAAGCUCACCUCUUCUCCAAGUUGGCCAUCAGCUACUUGUGCUUCUUGGGAAUCUAUGGUUUAACCUGUUUCUACACGCUCUAUUGGCUCUUUCGUCGUCCAUUAAAGGAAUAUUCAUUCAGAUCAGUGCGAGAAGAAACCGGGAUUGGGGACAUCCCUGAUGUAAAAAAUGAUUUUGCAUUUGUACUUCAUUUAAUAGAUCAAUACGAUUCUCUCUACUCUAAAAGAUUUGCUGUCUUUCUGUCAGAGGUUAGUGAAAAUCGACUGAGGCAGCUUAAUCUCAACCAUGAAUGGCCAGCAGAUAAAUUAAGACAGAAACUUCAGAACACACCAGAAGGCAGACUGGAACUUCAUCUGUUCAAGCUGCCAGGAUUGCCAGAUACAGUGUUUGAAGUGACAGAAACUGAAUCCCUUAAGCUAGAACUGCUCAAUGAAGUGAUUAUCCCUCCACUGGUGUCCAAGUUAGUCAGGUUAGAAGAAUUGGCUUUGUUUAACUGCCCAGCUAAAGUACAACAUGCUUCUCUGACUUACCUGCGGGACCAUCUUAAGAUUCUUCAGAUCAAGUUUGAUGAUAUAAAAGAGAUUCCACUUUGGGUUUUUAGUCUUCGAGGCCUUGAAGAACUGCACUUAUUUGGCUACCUGUCCCAGGAUGUCUCAAAAAAUGCUACGCUUGAAAGCUUGAGGGAGUUAAAAAGCCUCAAAGUGCUGACCCUGAAGAGCAAUCUUUCCAAAGUGCCUCAAACUGUUGCAGAUGUGGCUAGCCAUUUGCUGAAGCUCAGUGUACAAAAUGAUGGAACCAAGCUCCUUACACUUAAUGCUUUAAAAAGGCUUUCACUCCUGAAAGAUUUAGAGCUGAUUCGAUGUGAUCUAGAGCGGAUCCCCCAUGCCGUCUUCAGUCUCAACAAUCUACAGAUGUUGGACUUGAAAGACAACAGCUUGCACACCAUAGAGGAAAUCAUAAGUUUGCAACACUGCCGGAAACUGAGCGUCCUACGAUUGUGGCACAACCAAAUUGCCUACAUCCCUGAACACAUCCGCAAACUGAAGGGCCUUGAGGAGCUGUGCUUAAAUCGCAACAAGAUCCUUGUAUUGCCACCUCAACUUUUCUUAUGUACCAAACUCCGUCACCUUGACCUGUCUUAUAAUGAAAUAAGAGAGGUCCCACCGGAAAUCGGAGUUUUGCAGAUGUUACAAUUUUUGGCUUUGACUGGGAACUUUUUAGAGGAUCUCCCAAAUGAGCUAUUUUUCUGCCAAAGGCUUAAGACUUUGAAGUUGGGACAGAAUAAACUGACAAGUCUGUCGCCAAAAAUUGGGUCCCUUGUCUCCUUAGUAAAACUAGAAUUAAAAGGGAACAGAAUUGAUGUGUUGCCUCCAGAACUUGGGUCUUGUACGAGUCUUAAAAAGACUGGUUUUUCGGUUGAGCAAUCUCUACUGGAGACCCUACCUCUUGACGUGAAGGAGAGGCUAAGUGAGGAAUUAUAGAAGGGUUGGAUGCUAGAACAAUAACUUUUAGAUUAUGAUUUCUAGUUCAGUGUCUAUUUUGAUACCACCCUCCCAAAAAAAAAGUUAUAGCUAGACCAAGAGUUGAUGGACGAGUAACCUUAUGAUAUCAGAACAUCAAAUAAUUUUCUAUAGGAGCUCAUCAAGUACCUCCUGUCUUUCGUCUUCCUUCGUUUACUUAGCAGGCAUUGUGUAUCCAUACCUCAAAAACAGGCUUAUAAAAAGUUGACAUUCUUUAUAUUGCCUUCAAGACCAAGUAGUAGUCUCGACUACUCAAAGUUUACUCGUGCUGUAUAUUCUGAAUGUACCCAUACAGAGGAAAGUUGCCUGUCUGUGACAUAUAGGGUAUUUUAUUUAAUCUGUAGACGUCUGUAUAUUUAGUAUUAUUUAAGACCACCCUUUUUUAAAGAGGUUCUCUGGGACUUAGUUUUGAUGGCCUAUCCUAGGGAUGUUUGAUCACUGGGAUUAAGCUGCAGCACCAGACAUGGCUGUGCUGAGGUCCCAGGCUCAGGCCCCUGUGUUUAAACACUUAUUGCAUAUUUUAAUGUAAGGUCAUCAAUUUUUAAAGGAACACUGCUAAACGGAUACUGUGAUAUGCUUAGUGCAGGGCCUGAGGUGAGGGGUGGCCAAAAGGACACUGGUGUACUCUCCCUUCAGGCUCUGCAUUAAGCAUCACAAAGUAUAUUUGAUUUCCUGAAGUGUUCCUUCAAAGUUGGCCAUACACAUUAGCCUAAAGGGGUAUUCACAUCUGGACAUAAAUUUAUGAUGGCAUAUGUGGGUGAGAUGUGCCCAAUCCAUAUCUCCACCUCCAGAGCUCCCCUUCACACAUGCUUUGCCGACAUGACAGGGGGUGGAAGGAAUAGAUUUUGGCUGGAGGACAUGGGGCAUUACAAUGAUUGGUUUAAUAUUUUAUGGAAUGACCAGUAUAUGGCCCAGAAUGGACAAGAUGUAAAUUUUAUUUUAUUUAAAAUAAACAUUUCAGUAAAUGA